UUGUAAAUGGCGGCUGUGUUAGUGGGACGUUUAUAAAUCCGGUGCUGCGUUGCUAGCACACUUGACGGUCAGUUAGCUAGCAAAUGAGCUAGUGCUGCUCCUCGUAGCAGUGUUUAGUAAAUUUAUAUUCUUUUUCCCGCUGUGUUGAUGCUAAAGGACUGUUUGCAGCUGUUAACGCAUAUUUGUUUAUUAUUUUUAUUAGCUGAGAAGUCAUUACAAGAGAAAUGCUCAUGAAGUAGCAAAGGGAUCGAGUGCAAAAUCUUCCUGUUUCCUGUAAUAACGGACAGAAGAGCAGAGUCGAGCCUCUUCUCGAGUCUUUCCUUCCGAAAUCACUUUAUCGCUGCUCGUUUUGGCGGUGAAACCUGAACAGUAGUGUCCCUUGCGACGAAGGCGAAGUGGCGAGGCAAUGGUUUGAGACAGGGCCUACUUCUUUGACUGUUGUGCUCUCGGCUUGUUUUGGUAUCAUUUAACUCUUAAAUUAAUUUUCCUAUUAGUCUGAUUAUAUAUAUGGUAUAUAACAUCGAUUAUUACACAAUCCUGGCACAUAAAAAUUUAAAUAAAUUUCUUAUGUGAUUUAGAUUUAGUUAAUUUUUACCGACGUUAUCGGUUCUCACCCGUUUUCUGACAUGUCCCGCCUCCUCACCAGGGCUGGUUUGUCGUACUUAAUUAUGAUUGGUUCGUAGAGUUUCUUCUCCUCGUGAGGUAUGAGUGUUUCAGCCAAUCGCAGCGCAGGAAGAGGUGUUUACCAAAAUACGGGUAGGAAAUACGUUACGCUCACGAUUCGCGCAUGCGCAUUUGGUGUCUACAAGUACUGCAAGCACCGACCACUUUUAGCAGAAAGUCCAGCUAAAUUAUUGAAGCACGUUAUGGGUUCUGUCCCACCCAUUUCCUCACUGCGCUUACUGGUUCCACCUUUACGGCUGAUGUCUGCCUUUAUGUGGAAAAUUGCCCAACAGCAACAUCUGGAGCAUUACGGCAAACUAGAAGAAUUUGUCUCCUUAGUUACAAGGCUCGUCCCAGAGGUCCUGACCAGCAGACAGAAGGCCACACUGGUAAUGGGGCUCAGAGCAAAGAUGAUUCUCGAGAUGUGCCGAGGUGAACUGCCGGCAGACCUCGAGACAGUGAAGUCGCACAUACAGAGGAUUCAGUCCUCUCAUUCAUCAAAAGGAAUUGAUACAGAGGCAGACAUUUUACAGGCAAACCUUCUAACGCUUGUGCUGGGUCUGCUGGAGGAUCCUGCCAAAAAGGAAUAUUUCUUCCAGGAGGUUUUCCCACAUGAGUAUGGUCCAGAAUUUGACCAAGCACUGCAAGUCCUGGUUGGCCAUUUUCUCUCGAGACUGGAACAGCUGCUGCCAGUUCCCAGCUUCAAACAGACUUCAUCGUGGCUCAGUGCCUGCCCCUGGGAGUGGAAUGAGUACCUGGAAUCAGUUUGUAGGACGGAGAGUUUAUUACCUUUGAUGCAGAUUGGCAUUUGUGGGACUUUGGAGGAUAACGCACUUCCAUCGAUUGUGGAGGACAGAAUCCUCUCCUCGUUGUCUCUAACCGACAUGGUGAUAACCACCCAAACGCAACCCCCGUCCCAGGGGCCUCAGGAUGUGGACGGCGAGAGUGCACCAGAAGAUGGUGUCCAGGAUGAAGACGUCAGUUCAGGUCUCGAUGGAUCUGUAGCUGCAGAAUACGUAAGAGCCAACGACGGUGCAAUGGAAGAAGAUUCAGAGAGACAGACCUUUGAGAGAGAGAUCAAGGAAGCUAUUAAACAUUUAGAAAAGGAGAGCGACAUGUCGGCCGAGGUGGCUGGGAGUCUGCAGAGCACAGGAGUGCCAGAGGUUGACUCAGAAUUGAAAACUACUGAUGAAACAGGAAGUGCCAUAUCUGAAGCAGCACCUGCAGCAGAAGAUAUUACAGCUGAACAGCAAACCGUGAUCCCCAGAGUUGCACAUACAAAGAUCAUGCACCCACUGGAGGUUUCACACUCUACAGCAAACCGAGGGAGUGACGAGGGGGUAACCGACCAACAUGAUCCACAGCAGACUGUUUUGGAGGAAGCAGCUCAGGGAGAGGUAACUGCUGAAGCACCAGAGUCGGAGAAGUCUCCCAACAAUCCACUGGCAGUCGAAUCCUCAAAGAUACCUUUAAAGAGUUCUUACCUCCUUGGCAGGCUUUUACACAAGUGUCUGAAGUGUGGCAAGCGUUUUGCAUAUCGCUCGGAGCUCCAUAAACACCAGGAGAGUCACAAACUCGCAACAUCUAUCAAGUGUUGUGAAUGUGGGCAAAUUUUCAGAGAUUCUAAACUCCUGUCUCUGCACCGGCAGAGAGGCUGUCGUAUGAGGACGUACAAAUGCAUCAAGUGCGGAGCAGCCUUCAGGUCUCUCUCGAACUGGUACAAACACCAGCAGGCCCACAAGGUGGUCUGCACACACAAAUGCCCGGAGUGUGGGAAGGUGUUCCGAAGUCUCACAGGCUUAGUGGCUCACAGACGAGAGCACAUGGGUCCUGCAGUAAACGGCGUUUACACCUGUGACAAAUGCGACAUGACCUUUGGCUCGUAUCGAGGCAGGGUGCUGCACCAGAGGGUCCAUACGGAUAAAUCCAAGCAGCCUUCUCGAAAGGAGCGUGAACCCGGGAAGUGCCGCUUCUGCGACGAGUCGUUCGUCCUGCUCAGCGAUUUGAGAGUGCACCUGAAAACUCACCCCGAGUACAGACCGCAUCAGUGCGACCAGUGUGGGAAGUGCUUCGCUCUGCACCACAGUCUCCUCGCACAUCUCUCGAACCACACCGGAGACAAGCCAUACCUCUGCACGCAGUGCGGCAAGCGCUUCUUCAGCAAGGUCCAGCUCAAAUCGCACAUGAGGUGUCACUCGGGCGAGCGGCCGCACAUGUGCCCUCACUGCGGGAAAUGCUUCUCGCUGCUUGGCAACCUGAACAUCCACGUACGAAUCCAUACUGGCGAGAAGCCCUACUUGUGCCGUCAUUGCGGAAAAGGCUUCAUCUCUGCCGGAGAGCUGCAGGUGCACGAGCGCAGUCACACUGGCGAGAAGCCCUACUGCUGCAGCAUUUGUGAUAAAAGAUUUGUGGUGUCGAGCCACCUGACGGCUCACAAGCGCGUUCACACAGGAGAGCGUCCCUACACCUGCACUCAGUGUGGCAAGACCUUCAUACGGAGAUACGACUGGAAUAAACACAUGUACACUCACUCAGGGGUGAAGCCCUUCCCCUGUACUAUCUGCCAAAAGAGCUACACACGUCGCACACACUUGAACAGACACAUGCAGAGCCACGGCGCGGGCCAUUAGGAACAUCAAUCUGAAUGUGACCAGAGUGGAAAUUGGUUAAUGUACAGAAGUACAUACUUUAAAUAAGGACAUUCCAGUGCAGAGUUUCAAAAGCACAUUGCUUAUAUGUUUUGUUUGACCAAAUGCAGAUAUAAUUAACCAAUAAAUGUUGGCCUUCUAGUUUAUCAA